AAAAGAAAGAUUCGACUUUGACACAAACAUUUUCGUGUGUAUUAUUAUUUUGUACUUUUGUUUUUGUCAAAUAAAAUGUGUCUGCAAUUCAGAUAAAGAUAUUAAUUUGAAUAAAACAGAUUGAUUUUCCGAUCAAUCCGACAAACAGUUCACUACUACGGGUAAUCAUUGUCAUAUUUUGAUUCGUACUAAAGGUCAUUAAAUGUCGCGACUUCGACUGCACACAUGAUCGAAUUAUCAAUAACACUUACUAUUCAUGAUGAUAGAAUCGAACCGAACUGAUUGCGACACUCAUUCUUGCUGACCUUGGUCCAAAUGCAGUGUUUAUCGACGCCAGAAUGACUUAGUGUAGUUUCCCGGAACCAGCGCGAUAACGAAGCUUUAGCCACACAAGACAAGUUACACAACUUUUUAUCGAGAUCAACACAAAACAAAACAAAAAUGGACACGGAUCCUGCGGGUUCCGAAACGGAAUUCAUUCGGACAAUUGAAUGGGAUAUGAUGGAAAAAACGAAAUUUUUCCCAUUGUCAAUGCUAUCAUCGUUUUCAAUACGCUGCUGCUUCUAUCCACUGACCUUGAUCAAGACACAACUUCAAGUACAAUUCAAAAACAACAUUUAUUCCGGUAUGAUUGAUGCCGGAUACAAAAUCUAUCGUGCCGAAGGUCCUGCCGGUCUAUAUCGAGGCUUUUGGAUAUCAUCCUUUCAAACAUUUUCCGGUGUAUUCUACAUCAGUACAUACGAAGGUGUACGGCACAUAUUGUCCAAUUACGGUGCCAAUCAACAAACAAAAUCGCUAAUUGGCGGCGGUUGUGCUUCGCUCGUUGGCCAAACGAUAAUCGUUCCGUUCGAUGUCAUAUCACAGCACGCGAUGGUGCUGGGCAUGGGACAGGGCAAAGGUGGCGGAGUUAACCCAUUAGGCAUCAAUCACAAUUCGAAUCGAAGCCGAUUUCGUAUUUCAAUGGACAUUGCAAAGGAGAUAUUUCGACGGGACGGCUUCAAGGGCUAUUAUCGCGGAUAUAAUGCAUCGUUGAUGGCAUAUGUGCCGAAUUCGGCCAUGUGGUGGACGUUCUAUCAUAUGUACGAAGAUAAACUGAUCGAAGUUCUACCCGCUGAUGCUUCUCAUCUGCUAAUUCAAUGCGUUGCCGGCAGUUUAGGAGGUUUUACCACAACAAUUAUUACAAAUCCACUGGAUAUCGUUCGAGCACGACUACAAGUUCAAAGGCUAGACUCAAUUCAAAGCGCAUUCAGAGAACUGUGGGCCGAAGAGAAAUUGCGCAUGUUUUUCAAAGGAUUAUCGGCUCGAUUAGUUCAAUCAGCUGCAUUCUCGUUCAGUAUAAUAUUGGGAUAUGAGACAAUUAAACGAAUUUCCAUCAACGAUCAGUACAAACAUCUAGUUCGUUGGUGAGAAUGUGUGAGCUUGUGAACUGGACGAUUCCGAGUCAGUUGUUUUUGUACAUUUAAGUCAUUCGUGGUAAGUUACUGGUAGUAACACUGAAGUUCAAUGUAUGAUUUGAAUAAAAUCAAUUAGUAAAUUUUCUACUAAUUCUA